AUGGCUUCAACCGAAACGCAACAUCGGCCUCAUGACCGACACAGCCGACGUCGCCCUUUCACAGCUUGGGUGCGACGCCUCGCGAAUCUCAAGGCUCUCCAUACCGAUUCCAACGACGCCGGCUCCAACCCACGGCGGUCGAACCUCUCCAUGACCAACAAGUCCAAGAAGAGCAACAAUCCCUACCCUCUAUCGUCCCGUGCCGAUCCUCACAAUCAUGGCCACCUCUCUUUCUCGACACCCCUAUCUUCUCAAAAAUCUAGACGAAGCUCAAUGUCACCAAGUAAACAUUCGGUGUCCAUGUCUCAUGAGAGCCAAACAGGCAACAAGUCCAGGGCUCCCACACUGGCCACACAAGCAGAAACGGCUCUGUCGGAUGCGGCUCCCUCGGGCGCAGGGACCAGUGCCACUGCUGCCAAAACAGAUGGCGGAAGAGAUAGUACAUUUUCUUCACCUUCGCCCUCGAUCCGGUCCAUGGCCACCACUCUGACCACCGUCCAAUCCAUAGCGACUGGACAAAACAAUCCCACAGCCCCAAUGCUCACCCACACCUCCACUGUGAGCAAUUCGGCCUCAUACUAUGGCGGCCAACCGGCUACUGCUGUUCCAGCGCACCUUGCUCCCCACGCACAUCCUACAACAUAUCACUCCGCUACCGCUAACAACAUCCUCACGGAUGACGCGUCCAUCCUGACUCUAGCUUCAUCGUCCAAACGGCGCCGACGGAAUUCGGUUGAUACCAACGCAUCCAUGAAAGCUCUUGCCCCAGCUUCGAUGUUUGGCGGAAGCCGUGAAUCCCUCCCUCUUUCUGUCUUGUCCGGAACUGUCAUUCAUCCCGGGGCGGAUACCGUUUCACUUCGGGAUGCAGGUGGCGCAGCCCAUACCAGAUCGAACCUCAACGCUGAAAGAGCCAGUUUAAUCUCAGCUUCGGGGGCGACUGCGCCCACAUUUGCAAGCGAACGAAAUAGCUACAUCGGCAGCAAGUACGGCGAUGGUGCUAGUGUCCGUAGCGGGUUGCUAGGAGUAGGGCAUGGUCGAAACGACAGCACCAGUGGAAGUAUGGGAGGAGGAAGGGAUCAUCGAGAGAAAGACAAGGAGAGAGAGAGAGAGAAAGAUCGAGAAAAGGAUCGGGAGAGUGAAAUAGUCACGGCACCGACCAGUCCCUUGAUGGAUGGGUCAGGUGCAGGGAUUCAGCAUUCUACGGCCCUUGGCGAUGUAUCGGAGGCGUUGGACAAAGAAAAAAUGGGCUUGGAUGAAAAUUGA